UCUAUGAGUUGGCAAAGCGUCUGGGACCCCCUACUUCCUGCCCCCCCCCCUCGCCACCCUCUUCUCCUCCACCGUCAGCAGCCUCUCGACCAACAGCAGCCAGUGGAACGUCUCGGGGUCAGAGGUCGCGGCGCAGAGCUCCUGGAACUCCAGCCAAAUGACAAAUGGCAGCGUGUCCAUGCCGCCGGGAGGAAAUGUGUCCGUGCCGGGGGGGACGGGUGGUGUCAGCGGAGGGGGGGUCUUCGGGGUGCUGGGGGGGGGUCCCUCGAUGAGGAGCAGCUAUGUGACAUCACUGUAUUUCGCCCUGAGCAGCCUCACCAGCGUGGGGUUCGGAAACGUGUCGGCAAACACAGACUCUGAGAAGAUCUUCUCCAUCUGCACCAUGCUCAUAGGAGCGCUGAUGCAUGCCGUGGUGUUUGGAAACGUGACGGCCAUCAUUCAGAGGAUGUACUCACGCCGCUCGCUCUACCACACCCGCACCAAAGACCUGAAGGACUUCAUCCGGGUGCACCGGCUGCCCAAAGCCCUCGAGCAACGCAUGCUCGAGUGCUUCCAGACAACCUGGUCCGUCAACAACGGGAUCGACGUCAGCGAGCUGCUGAAGGACUUCCCUGACGAGCUGCGUGCGGACAUCGCGAUGCACCUGAACAAGGAGCUGCUGCAGCUGCCUCUGUUCGAGUCGGCCAGCAGGGGGUGUCUGCGCUCGCUCUCCCUCAUCAUCCGGACCUCCUUCUGCGCCCCGGGGGAGUUCCUCAUCCGCCAGGGGGACGCCCUGCAGGCCAUCUACUUCGUCUGCUCCGGGUCCAUGGAGGUGCUGAAGGACAACACGGUGCUCGCCAUACUGG